UUAUUUACUUCAAUCAAAAUUAAAUUUAAAACAACUAAACGAACCAAAUAAUGUAUCACAAUAUUUUGAAAACUUAGACAUUGACAAAUAUUUUAAUCAAUAUCUCUAUAUAAAAAGGUCAAUCUUAACUGAAAAUGAAGCAAUUAUUACUCAAUCAUCUACUCUUAUGGAUAAUAAAGAAUUAAUUUCAAGUGAUCCAGAUUCUGAUCCAUUUAUUUUAUCCAAUAAUGUUGAGUUAGUAAUGAAUACAAUACAAGACCAGAGAAAUUUGAAGCCAUAUAAUCUUAAAGAGUGCUGUGUUGCAUUAACUCGUUUAAAUUCUGAUUUCCUGAUUGAAUAUUUUUCAAAAUAUCAAGAACAAAAAAAUUUGAAUUACUCACUUUUAAACAUGUUUGUUGAAGAAAUAAUGGAUAAUCAGAUUAUUAUGGAUGAUUUUAAAGAUAAAAAUCAAAUCAUGAAUGAUAUGAAUGAAAAGGAAUUGGAAAAUUCCUUGGUAGAUCAAUUUAUUCAUAUAUUAGAUAAUCAAAAAUGUCAAAGUGAUCAAAAAUACAAUAUUAAUAUCAAACAAGACCUCAUUAAACAGAUUGAUGACUAUUUGCUUACAAAGCCAUCUAUUGAAAUGGUAAAACCCGAACAUGAUACACACAAUGCCAUACCUGAAAAAUACCUGAAAUUAUUAAAAACAAAAUUAUCAAAAACAACAUUAAUUCGUAAAAAUCCAGAUAUGCCACUUAAAAAAUUCAAGAGCUCUAAGCCUAAAGCUAUCGAAAUCGUCCCAAAAAAUAAAAAAUGUGCUAUCUAUUCAAGCGAUAGUAGUGACAACAACGAUAAAAAUCAUAUUAAAAUAGAAAAAGUCAACCACGAUGAAAAUCAAAUUCAAUUAAGCAACGACAAAAAUCAAAUAGCCAAUGAAAACAAAAUCGUUCCUAUAGACAUAGUUGAUCCUAGUUCACUCCUUGGCACCUUAGUUGCCAGUAAGCAUCCUGCACUUCACUCAGAUGUUUCCACCGAUACAUUACCUUCUCUUAUAGAAUGUCCACUUUCUAAGAACGAAUUUAACGAAAAAAAGUUUCUGGAAGCCGAAAGGGUUGAAUAUAACAAUUUUAAUGACUCUAAUGAUCCAGUAUCCUCUGGGGAAGAAUUUUUGGUUCUAAAUACUAAAUCCACCAAAAGAUUGGCACAUAAAAUAACUACUAAAUCAUCACUUAAGAUUCAAGAAUUUAAAAAACGAUUGAGGAACAAAAACGACGUCAAUAAUAUAGAUUCGAGCGACGAAAUUAUUACGAAGGACUUGAUCGAAAGUUCAUUAUCUCAGAGUGAUAACGAAAUUUCGGCACUCAAAAGAACCAGAUCUAGUGUCAAAAAGUUUAAGAAGGUACAGUUAUUGAGCGAUAAAUGCCAUAGUGCAAAUAACAGGAAGUCAGAAAAAGGCGGGAAAAAGGACAUUCAAUUAGAUACUUCGGAUAAGGAAUUAGAAGUUAUGAAUUCAAAUGAAGGCGAAGAAGAGAGCGAUACAAAUGAAUCUAGAAUUGCCAAAAAUGUUAGAAAAAACAUAAGGAAGAUCAAAUCCAUGACUCAGCUGAAAAUGGAAACGCGGGAAGCAGCUAAAUCCGAGCAAGCUAGGCUCAAAAGGAUAUCGGAAAAUAGGAUCUCAAAAAUGAAACAAAUACUCGAAGAGGAAGAACUAAAAAAAUUAGCUGACAAUUUGAUAAAGGAAUUGGUUUUAGAAUUGCCGGAUCAAGACGGGACCGGGAUAAGUCUUAAGGUUGAUCCCACUAUUGUACAACAUUUGAAACCUCAUCAAGUCAAAGGAAUAACUUUUCUCUACGAAAACGUGAUAGAAUCUUGGAAAAGAUUUAAAAAUGGCACGGAUGAAGGUAACGGGGCAAUUCUGGCUCAUUUAAUGGGUUUGGGAAAGUCGUUACAAAUCAUAACUCUGGUCCACACGUUACUUUCCAACACGCAUUUUAAAACUCAUAUAAAAACGUGCCUAAUCAUAUGCCCUCAAAAUACCUGUAUAAAUUGGAUGAACGAGAUGGGCAAAUGGACCAGUCAAGCUAAUGACCCUUUACUAUAUUGGGGAUUAUUCAAUGUCAGGGAUAAGAAAUCCAGGAAAGGUAUGCUCAAAAAUUGGCACAGCACUGGCGGAAUAUUAAUCAUCGGUUACGAUCUAUUUAGAACGAUGAUAUCUACCAAAACCAAGAGUUCGACGUACACGAAUAUCGUCAAUGGGACGUUAUUGGACCCAGGGCCAGAUAUAUUGGUUUGCGAUGAAGGUCAUUUACUUAAAAAUAGCAGCACCGCGUUAUUCAAAGCAGUCAAUAAAAUAAGAACUAGAAGAAGGAUAGUUUUGACUGGAACCCCUCUUCAAAAUAAUCUUUAUGAAUAUCAUUGCAUGGUGCAAUUGGUUAGACCUAGUAUCUUGGGCAGUAAAACGGAAUUUCAAAACAUGUUCGUAAAUCCAAUUAGAAACGGGCAAUGCGCCGAUUCCACAGAAAGAGACGUUAAAAUCAUGAAAAAACGAGCUCAUAUAUUGCAUCAAAAACUUUCGGGGAUUAUUCAACGAAUGGACUAUACAACCCUCAAAAACGACCAAUUAUCAAAUAAUACAUUUGAAAUUGAUGCCCUCACUCCAAAAUAUGAAUACAUUGUGUACGUUAGGCUGAGCCAUAAACAAAUUCAGAUGUACAAACAUUACCUUCAAUCCAGCCUCGAACAUAAUAAUUCGACGAGUUCCGCUAAUGAUAAUCUGAUGGAAAACACUCAUAAAAGGUCUAAAAAGGUUGGUCAGACUUUAACGGAAAAUGGCGAAAGCGAAGAUGAAAACAUGAUAAUAUCGGCCAAUAUAUCUGGAAAUAAAUUCAGUAUUUUUAUAUGUUACCAAGAGCUCUACAAUAUCAUAGUUCAUCCUUGGCUUUGUCCCAUGAUGGAAGCUAGGAGAGAAGCCGCCAGGAUAUCCAAAGAUUACUCUGACAAUGAAGAGACCGACGAAGAGGUCUUGGGUAAAGAUAGUUCUUCAGAAUCAUCUAUGCAGACGAUAUCGAGUGAGGAAAGUUUGGAGUAUAUUAGUGAAGGAGAUUUGUCUAACUUAGGAAAUCACAAAAGACGGAAAAAAUCCAAUAAAAAUCAAUCCAAACUAAUUGAUGAUGAUUUUCCUCCGUCUACUCGCAGGCUCACGAGAAAUACUUACAAACUGUAUAAACCCAUCUGCUUAAUUAGAAAUACAAAUCCCGUGCAAAACGAAAAAAUUGAGUUACCAGAAGAUGGCACCACAUCCUCUACAACUCUCAAAAAUUUUACAGGAGAUGAAAAAUGGUUUGAUCAAGAAGAGCAUUGGUGGAAUAAAUAUUUAUCUCAGUCCGAUGCCUUAAACGUUUGUUUGGGUGGUAAAAUAGUUCUCUUACUGGAGAUCUUGAAAGAAUCUGAAGCCAUAGGGGAUAAAGUAUUGCUCUUUACUCAAAGCCUCACGACAUUGGACUACUUGGAAAAGAUUUUAUCCUAUAUCAAUAAAUCUUUAGACGAGACACUAUCCAAGGACGAAAUACCUGACCUAAACCCUAAAGCAAAAAAUAUAUUGACUAAAGGUUGGACCUAUAAAACAUGGAUUAAAGGGUUAGAUUAUUUUAGAAUGGAUGGUUCCACUUCCAUCAAUAGUAGGUUUCAAUCUACCCAAUCCUUUAACGAUUUAGACGAUAUGAGGGCGCGUUUCUAUAUGAUAUCUACAAAAGCCGGAUCUCUGGGUGUCAAUUUAAUUGGCGCUAGUCGUAUAGUAUUGAUGGAUGCUUGUUGGAACCCUACUCAUGAUACCCAAUCAAUUUUCCGGGCUUACCGAUUGGGGCAAACUAAAUCCGUCUUUAUAUACCGGCUUAUAGCUCAAGGAACGAUGGAAGAACGAAUUUACGAACGACAAGUGACUAAACAAUCCUUGUCUCAACGGGUUGUCGAUAAGAAGCAAAUAGCCCGCCAUUUCACUUUCGAAAAUUUGAGAGAACUCUACUCUUUCGAGCCCGACCUCGAUCAGGAUAAUGAACGAGAGGAAGAAGUUGGAUUGGAAAAUAAAACGCGAGAAAGAAAUGUGGAUAAAAUAAUCGAUACGGAUAUUAUCGUAGAAGAUGGAGUUGUGCGAACUAAUAACGAAUCUAAAUUCGAAAAUUUUAUGAAUAGUGAAAAAGGUGCCGUAACUGGAUUUAAUGAUAUUCUUAACGCGGAAGAUAGAGUUAUAGUCAAAAAGUAUCCAAUGGCCCCCAUACCGAAGGACCAUAUUUUAGCUCAGCUUUUAUUAGACCAAAAACGAUGGAUUGUCACUUACAGAGAUCACGACUCUCUUUUAGAAAACAAGGAAUCGGAAGAGCUAACGGAGGAAGAAAGACGUUUAGCAUGGGAGGAAUAUGAGACCGAGAGAUAUGCCAACGUUCAUACAGCCAACUUAUCCAACACAUCGAAUCUACUACCCAACCCAUCUCUUAAUACUAUCUACAAUAAUUUAGACAUUUACAAUGAUUUAAACUCUUCGUCCUACAAUAAUUAUCAUUUUAAUCAAGAUAAUUUUAAUUUAAACUUGAGUAGCUCUUUGCAUCAUUCAAUAAUGACAGAUAAAAAUCCUAUAUCUAUUGUAAGCGGCGCAAGUAAUACUCAAGGUAUGAGUUAUCAACCUCUAGAUUCCUCGAAUAGGAUGCAAGAAAUCAGGGGAGUGUCAUGGACAAUUGGCGAUGACGUGAGGAUUGAAUCGGAAAAUAACGAAGAAACCUGCGUAUAUAGAAUGAGCUACGAUAAUUUACGACAUUUAUUUAAAUCAAAUGGCGAUAUCAAUUCUUCUUAUAUGGUCAAAUACAUGAAGCAUAUUGAAACCGAUUAUAAUGCAGAAUCGCUGAAUUUCAAGACUAGAUUUAUUAAGCUCUACCAAUUCUUGAAGAUCAAUCGAAAUUAUUUAAUGCGAAUGUGUGCUGAAUCGGCCGAUAAAAUAAUUGAAAUUACUGUCGAUGCUAACAUCAACAAUCACUCGAGAAAAUCUACAAUAUCUAGCCUAAAUUCUCAAUCACAUAAUUCGACAAAUUUUCCCAUUCCAUAUUCCUCUUCAUCCUCUCCUGCUUUCGUGAAGAAUUAUGUCAGUAAUUUUAAUAACGAAAACAAAAGGACAGAUUUCCUUAUAGCCUCUCAAAACAUGCGCUUGAUUACUCCUUCUUUGCGUCAUAAUAAUUUAUCAAAUUUGAACCUUUUGCAAAAUAUGGCUGGUGUCGAUCGCUCUCUAUUUAAUUCCUCUCUACGGAAUAGUAAUAAUAAUCCUCUUUCUGUCUCUUCUAUCUAUAACGAAAAUAUCCCUAUCCAACCGAAUGAUCCUACUUGUCCAGUCAAUCUUAACUUGGGCAGCGGUAAUUUAGGUCGCAACCUUGAUUUUACAAGUUUCAUAAGCAACAUGAGAAGCAAUGUGAAUCGCUUUAUGCCAUCGUCAAAUGAUAAUAAUAGUUCAACAUCAAUGGGCAACACUUUCGGGGUUCAAACCUCCGAUUUUACAAAUUAUGUAAACAUGAGAAAUAAUGGGAAUCGUUUACCGACAUCAAAUGUUAUUAAUCCGAUUUCAUCUUUGAGUAAAAACACGUUAGGUCAAAUCCCAGAUUUUGCGGGUUCUUAUUCAAACAUGAGAAAUAACGCGAAUCGUUUUAUUCUUCCAGCGCCAAUCGUUAAUAGUUCAAUCUCAUUAAAUAACAAGGCAAUCGGUCAACCCCCAAAUUUUUCAAGUUAUUUAUUUAACAACAUUAGAAUGAACCCAUCGAUUCUGCCAUCGUCAAGCGUUAAUCCUUCAAUCACAUUAAAUAAUACAGCAGGCCAUGCACAAGACUUUACAGCUUCUUAUUUACACAAUAUGACAAAUACAAAUAAUGAGAAUAGUAAUCCAUUAUUAUCUUUGAAUGUAAACAAUCCAACCUUACCAAUAAGCAAUCCUCCGGCUAGAGGAUUCAGAGUUAUAAACGGAGAAAUAUUUCCUUUAUAAAUAUUUUAGAUUAAUAUGCUGAAGAUAAAAUAGAGGAUUUAAAAAACUAUAUAUUAUAAAUAUUAUAGAGAAUUGUAGUUAGAAUUUUAAAUUAUUGUCAUCAUUUUAAUUGAGAAGUAUUUUAAUUGUAUACACAUAUUUAUAUAUAUAAACUUUCUUUA